GCUGUCAUCGCGCAUGCGCAGCAGCCGGCUCUCCACCAAGGAAGAAAGGAAAAUGUCUCUGACGAGCUUUCUACCUUCGCCGACCCAGCUGUCCCAGGACCAGCUGGAGGCAGAGGAGAGGAUCCAGGCCCAGAAGUCCUACUCCAAUGCCCUGGUUUCGUCCCUCAGAGAGCCCCCUCAAUACGGACAGAGGAAAAGCUGGGUGCCGCGUGCACUCGAGGACUUUGGAGAUGGAGGAGCUUUCCCAGAGAUCCAUGUCGCCCAGUUUCCUCAGGAGAUGGGCCGGAAGAAGAAGACGUCCAAUGCCUUGGCGGUGCAAGUUGAUGCAGAGGGAAAAGUCAAAUAUGAUUCUAUCGCCAGACAAGGACAGAGCAAAGAUAAGGUGAUCUUCAGUAAAUACACAGACCUUCUGCCAAAGGAAGUGCUAAAUGAAGACACCCCAGAGCUACAGAAGCCCGACGAGGAGGCGGUGAAAGAACUUACAGAUAAGACUCGGGCUGCCUUGGACAAGCAGGUGUCUCAGAAGAUUGCUGCAGCUAUGCCUGUAAGAGCUGCAGACAAACAGGCUCCUGCACAGUACAUCAGAUACACCCCAUCCCAGCAGGGGGUAGCUUUUAACUCUGGGGCCAAACAGAGAGUGAUCCGCAUGGUGGAGAUGCAGAAAGACCCCAUGGAGCCUCCACGUUUCAAGAUCAACAAGAAGAUUCCCAGAGGACCCCCCUCUCCUCCUGCCCCUGUCUUGCAUUCUCCAAGCAGAAAGAUGACAGUGAAGGAACAGCAGGAGUGGAAGAUUCCUCCAUGCAUCUCCAACUGGAAGAACGCUAAGGGCUACACCAUUCCUCUCGACAAACGUCUGGCUGCUGAUGGUAGGGGGCUGCAAACAGUUCAUAUCAAUGAAAACUUUGCCAAGUUGGCUGAGGCGCUCUACAUCGCUGACAGAAAGGCCAGGGAGGCAGUGGAGAUGAGAGCCCAGGUAGAGAAGAAGAUGGCCCAGAAGGAGAAGGAGAAAAAGGAGGAGAAACUUAGGGAGCUGGCCCAAAUGGCUCGAGACCGCAGGGCGGGGAUCAAAAGUCACGGAGACAAAGGUGGCGAAGACGGCGAGGCCAGGGAACGUGAUGAGAUCCGCCAUGACAGACGGAAAGAGAGACAACACGACAGGAACAUUUUGAGGGCAGCUCCUGAUAAGAGGUCCAAGCUGCAAAGAGACCAGGAGAGGGACGUCAGUGAGCUGAUCGCUCUGGGGAUGCCCAACCCUCGCUCUUCCUCCGAAGCUCAGUACGACCAGAGGCUCUUCAAUCAAAGCAAGGGUAUGGACAGUGGCUUCGCUGGUGGUGAGGACGACAUGUACAACGUCUACGACAAGCCGUUCCACGGCAACAAAGACAUGGCUUCACACAUCUACAGGCCCAGCAAAAAUAUUGACAAGGACACCUACACAGAUGACCUUGAAGCACUCAAGCAAAACAACCGGUUUGCUCCUGGCAAAGAAUUCUCCGGUGCCGACCACGCACAGAAGCGGGACGGACCAGUCCAGUUUGAAGAGGAUCCCUUCGGUUUGGACAAGUUCUUGGAGGAAGCCAAGCAGCACGGCGGCUCUAAGAGGCCCUCAACCAGCGGCCGCUCAAAGGACGACUACCACGACAAGAAGCGCAGGAAGGAGUGAUAGUCUGUUCAGGACAGCUGUAAGAGGCAUGUUGGAGGAGGUGGCGCCCUUUACCCUUUUUGUUUUUUUGUUUUUAUUUGUUGCUUAUUCAGCUACUUUCAGAACAUGUUGAAUAUCCUUACUUAACAGAACAUGAAUUAACACGUUAAGUUAAGCUACAGCGACGGAUACAGAUAUGUAAGAGAUCUGCCUACGUUUCUAACUGUGUCAUGCAUAGGCGAUAUUUGGGCCCUGGAAGUGUGUAGACCAUAGCUGUAUUUUUUUUUUUUUUUUUUUUUUUAAUACAUUUAUUCAGAACCAACAUAAAAAUCUUCUGGAGGAGUUUAUAUUGUCCUUUGUCUAAUUGGCUCCCCACAUUCCCCCCUUUUUGAGUUGUCCACUCAAGUGUCCCCUUACGUAUUUGUGAGCCGUUAAAGCCCAUAUUUGAUGUACAGAGAUAAACAGUAAUUCUGUAGGGUGUAAAGCAAACCAGCUGUAUAAUUCUUGUACAUUACCACCAAUAAAAUAAAUUUCAUAUUGUGUGUAA